AACAAGAGUUGAUCAAAAGUCUUUAAUGACAUGACUCUUCAACAAUGCCAGUUGAUCAUGGAUCAUUUUUUCAAUUGUUUGUUGUGUCAAACAUACUUCUAAAAACCAUUAUUUGUGAAUUUACAAAAGAAAUCCCAUUUCCAAAGCAUGUUGACAAUGUAGACCAUUCCCUUAUUUGGGCAGUGAAAGUAAAGGAUGUGGGUUGUGAUAUAUUUAAUUUGGGUAUUUCAAGACAAAGUGGAAUUACAAAGAACGAUCAUGAUGAUGUUGUUUUCCAGUUUUCAUACAAUUCAGGAAAUAAACAACCCAAUUUUCAUCUUGCCCAGAAGAUAACAAAUGAUUGUAAAUUAAUUUAUAUUGAAACUAUAGACAUUUUACAAGACACAUAUUUAUUAGGAUUUGAUAUAGAUAAGCUUCAUCAUUUUGACUCCAAUUACAAAAACAGUUCUUCCAUUUUAAAAUCGUAUAGUACUCUUCACACAAAGCUCCUACAUGAUCACUAUAUACAACAUGUCCCAGACUUGUCUUUCAACUUCAUCCGUGACUCCCUGUCGCAGUGUUUGGAGUGGCAUCCUAUGGUGGAAUGGUACAGUCAACAAAAUAUACGAAGAAGAACCAAGAGGGAAAUAGAUCUUCAUUUUGUAGAUCCAUUUUUUAAAUUACAGUGGCAUCUUAUUAACAAUAAACGGAAAGACAUGGACAUUAAUGUAACAGGGGUAUGGGAGAGAAACAUAACAGGUCAAGGGGUCACAGUGGCUGUUGUUGACGACGGUGUAGAAUGGAAUAAUCUUGACCUCAAGGACAAUUACAACAGGGCAGGUAGCUGGGACCUAAACUCAAAUGACCCUGACCCCUCUCCAAGUGCCUCAAAAGAUUCUAACCACCAUGGAACACGAUGUGCAGGAGAAAUAGCUGCAGUCCCAAAUUCUUAUUGUGCUGUGGGAGUGGCAUACAGAGCACAGUUUUCAGGUCUGAAGGUUCUUGAUGGGCCAAUGACAGACAGCCUGGAAGCUCAGGCCUUCAAUAAACACCUGCAGAUCAAUGACAUUUACAGCUGCAGCUGGGGUCCGGAUGAUGAUGGGAAAACUGUGGAUGGACCACAUGUUCUGGCAAAGGCAGCUAUGCAGUAUGGCAUAGACUUUGGCAGAAAUGGAUUUGGGAGCAUAUUUGUUGUUGCCAGUGGAAAUGGAGGUCAUUUCCAAGACAACUGUAACUAUGAUGGCUAUGCUAAUUCUAUAUACACUGUCACUGUUGGUGCUGUCGAUGAAGAUGGAAACAUGCCUUUUUAUGCUGAAAAGUGUGCCUCCAUGCUUGCAGUCACUUUCAGUAGUGGAACCACAAAGCAUAGAAGCAUUGUGACCACGGACUGGACUUUGAAGGGAGGGGGAGGGUGUACCACCACCCACUCAGGGACCAGUGCUGCGGCACCCCUGGCGGCGGGAAUGCUGGCACUUAUGUUACAAGCCCGCCCCUGUCUCACUUGGAGAGACAUUCAGUACCUCAUCAUAAUGACUGCUCAGAAAGUAGAUAUAGAUCACUCAGAAUGGAAGAAAAACCAAGCUGGUUUAUACCACAGUCACAAACAUGGGUUUGGACUCAUGAAAGCCUGGAGACUUGUUAAUGCAGCAAAGGUAUGGGAGACAGUUCCAUGGAUCACUUCAUACCUGUAUUCUAGUGAUGAAAUCCAUCUACAGAUUCCUAAAGGGACCAAUCAGCAUUUAACAAUCACUCAUACAGUGACAGAGGAAGAUAUCACAGGGUUGAAUCUAUUUAUCCUGGAGCACAUCCAGUUGUUCGUGACAAUCACUCAUCCAUGUCGCGGUAAACUGGAGAUUGUCCUAAUUUGUCCAAGUGGUACUCACUCUAUCGUAGCCACUCCUCGGGCAGCUGACAGGUCUGAUAAAGGUUUUCAGGACUGGGCUUUCAGUACUGUAAGAUGCUGGGGUGAGGAUCCAGUAGGAGUGUGGAAUGUAACCAUUACUGAUCAUGAUACAAGGACUUAUGGGGCUGGCUAUGUACAGCACUGGAAACUUAAACUGUAUGGAACCUGGAUCACAAAACAACAGUUUGCAAACAGGAAAAGGCGGAUUGAGGAAGCAAUGGAUGGUCGGUUCCUUAAUGACAGUUACCAGCUGCCCUGCCCCAAGGUGGGCCCCGAUGUUCCUCCAAAACACCCCCUGUCACCAAAAUUACUAAAGUUCCUUGUGUUAGCCAGUAUAUUUUGCCUGGUGAUGGCGUUGUAUGAAACAUUUGAGUAUGCAGUAUGUUACCGUGAUGAGAAGAAAGCACAGAGACAGAAAAUGAUGGCAAGUCUUCAGACACAGCAGCCAGCUAGAAACAAACCUACGGAUGAAGCAGACCAGUCCGAGUCUCAAAGACUCUUAGAUUCUGAAUCGGACACAGCGAUUUCUAUGGAAACUUUUGAUGUCCGUGAAGUUGUUUCAGACUUUGAAGAUGGCACAGAUAAUCAAGAAAACAGUGAACUUCAACAAUUAAUAAAUGAUUAGAAAAUAAGGCACUCUAAGAGUGAAAAAGUGGUGCUCCCAAAUGAAGAGAGUGUUCAGUUUAUAAUAAUUUAUUUGAAAUGGUGCUAUAAAUAACUUAAGUGGUGUAUACUAGUAAAAUAUAUCAAGUUUCCAAACACUUACAUGUAUUUUAUCUGACAAGUCUUUCAGUUUUAUUCAAUCUAUGCACUUUUUCCUAUAUUAGUUAUUGUAACUUUUUGAGUAUGAGGGAUUUGUCGUCUUAGAGGAGAAUUACUGUCUUUUUUAUGUUUACUGUGUAUUUUUUUAAUAAAAAGAAAAAGAAAGGCCUGAGGGCAACAAUGCUAA